ACAGGCAGUUUUUUGGCCACCUCUACGGAAGUAAAUACGAAAAUGUCAGUAUCGGUAUCAGAAGCGUGAAAGUAAUAUUCUUAGCUAACGUUAGCUAAUUGCAGUGCGAAAAAGAAAUGGAUCGAUUUGUGUGGACAAAUGGAUUGCUGGAGAUGGACGAAACCUUGGUGAUCCAGCAAAGAGGUGUUAGAUUAUACGACGGAGAUGAAAAGGCGAAGCUUGAUGUCGGGGUUGUCCUUUUAAGUACGCAUCGAUUAAUCUGGAGAGAUCUCAAGAACCACGAGUGCUGCAUGGCUAUACCCCUGUCCCAGAUCAUCUUCUUUGAGGAACAAGCAGCUGGAAUUGGAAAGAGUGCAAAGAUCGUUAUCCACUUGCAUCCAGUGCCCCCCAACAAGGAGCCAGGGCCCUAUCAACUGAGCAAGUUCUCCCACAUUAAGCUGUCCUUUAAGGAGCAUGGGCAAAUUGAGUUCUUCCGGCGACUGACCGAGGAGAUGACCCAAAAGAGAUGGGAGAGGACUCCAGCGUCCCAGCCUAUACCCACUGCUACGGGAUCUCAGCAGGCAGGAAGGACCCGUGCCGUGGGGAUCGUGGGCAUCGAGAGGAAGCUGGAGGAGAAGAGGAAAGAAACGGACAAAAACAUUUCGGAGGCGUUUGAGGACUUGAGCCAGCUGAUGGUGAAGGCCAAAGAGAUGGUGGAGCUGUCCAGGUCCAUCGCCUCCAAAAUCAAAGAUAAGCAAGGGGACAUCACGGAGGACGAGACGAUCCGGUUCAAGUCCUACCUGCUGAGCAUGGGUAUCGCCAACCCGGUCACCAGGGAGACACACGGCUCGGGGACGCACUACCACAUGCAGCUGGCCAAGCAGCUGGGGGACAUUCUCCUGGCUCCUCUGGAGGAGCGUGGAGGCAUGAUGGCUCUCACUGAGGUCUACUGUCUGGUCAACCGUGCUCGAGGGAUGGAGCUGCUCUCUCCAGAGGACUUGGUGAACGCCUGCAAGAUGCUCGAACCCCUGAAGCUGCCUCUGAGGUUACGCAUAUUUGACAGCGGGGUGAUGGUGGUCCAGCUGCAGUCCCACAGCGAAGAGGAGAUGAUCGCCUCGGCGCUGGAUAACGUGUCUGAGAAGGGGUCGCUGACCUCCGAGGAAUUUGCCAAGCUUCUGGGACUGUCUGUUCUCCUGGCUAAAGAGAGGUUGCUCUUGGCUGAAAAGAUGGGCCAUCUCUGCAGGGACGAUUCUGUCGAGGGCCUGCGCUUUUACCCAAACCUCUUCUGACAGUCCAAGUGCUCAGACUUCUUCUCAGUGCACUCCCCCCCCCCCCCCCCCCCCCUAGCAACAAUCUGUGACCCCUUUUUUUCGGUGCUCCUGAGUCUGUUAGAGCUCACACGGAUUGACGGGGAGUCCUUAUUUAAGUCCGCCCCGCUCUGAGCCAGACUGUGCCUCGUUUUGCGAACGUGGCCGCCCUUGGGCAAUGGAUCGAACGUCGACGAAGAGUUUAGCUUUGCCUCGCUCGCGAGAGUGAGACAACACGUUUAUUGGAUGCGGUUUCAUUACGUGAUGAAUAUGUACGGUUAUAAUAAGGACCCCCUAGCCACCAUAGGGGAAAUGAUCCCUCCUCCCCCCCCCCCCGGGCUAUGCAGUUGUAAGGAAUGUCCAAGUCCAAGCGGAUUGGGCAGCGGUGCAGUUGUCACUUCAGCCCGCCUUCUGAGGAAAUCUCUGACAGGAACAGGAUUCAACUUGUAUGAAAAUAUGGGCUUGCUGUAACCAGGAGGUUUAAGAAAAUGUCUACUUGCUCAUCUCGAAACCUGUUUUUAAAGUUUACAGGGGGAUAUCGAAUCAUGUUGUUUUUCCCAUGCCUGGUUUUGGUAGUACCUGUGGUUACUAAGUAAAAUCGGGUCUCAAGGGCUGAUUUGAGUAGCAUCCAAUGCUGUAUGUCAUAUCACUCCAUUUUAUCUUCUGUUGACUUUUUUUUAAGUAAAGGCUCUUCCCUCUGAGAUCUGUUAUCUACACUGUUACUUAAGUUCAAUGAAUUUCAUGGGUGAAAUAAACAAUUUUUUGGCAAUCGCUUUUCUUGAGAUAACCGUCAUUGGUGUCAAAAUUAAUCGCUUGCCUGUGAAUUCAUAAACUCUCUAAAUUUCCACCAUUGCGUUUUUCAAUGGACGCACUAUUCACAUAGGAAUCUGUAGCGUUCUUAAGUGGAAGACCAAACAUUUCUAAGGGUUUUUCCUCAUGUUUAAUGACAAUACAACCUAACAUUAAAAACCAAUAAAGCUUCACAAUUUGUCAA